AUGGCAGACCAACUGCUCGACCGGGACUUUGAGGGCCAAAGAUUGUGCGAUUCGCUGGCCACGAUCCUCCUCUCUGCCGUGGCCGCCAUCGCUUUCCUUGUCGGCUACGUUCUGCAGGACAUCAAACUGUCUUUGUUUAUCGCUCUCGGCGGCACCGCUCUGACAUUCCUCGUUGUCCUUCCGGCUUGGCCUUUCUUCAACAAAAACCCCGUGAAGUGGCUACCUGCCGGAGGGCAGCCCAGCAACAUCAGCAUACCCCAAACAGUGGUCCUCGACGAGAAAUGA